GAGACGAAUUUCUAUUUUUCGAAGAAUCGCAAUUAACGGUUUCCUUUUUAAAUAUAACUGAAUGCAUAUGAAUAUUGAAUUCUCAUUAUAUUGGCCUUAAUCUCCGUUUUUAUUUUAUGACAGACUUCUAUAACCCGUAAAUCACCUUUUUCAGAAGCACAUUGUCGGGUCUAUAACACAGUCGAGUCAAUCAUUGCGAUUUAAAAGCCGUCUGAAUUAUUGUCAGGAAAGUAUAAAAAGAGUGAUCUGGCAUUGUUUUCUGUAUUGACAUGUUGACUGAAAUCGUCAAGAGGAACUUGACAAGUCUGUGGGCCGAAUAAUGGAGCACCCCUCCUAUUUAUUGCACAUAUUGUGUUGUACCUGUUUAAUAUACCUGCCUUUUAUCGCUGUCAGAGACCUUAUAUUUUUCUGGAGGUCAUCUACAGUUCUGCGAAAAUCCCCGGUCUUAACAUCUCUACUUUCUCGCUCGUCUUUUGAACUCAAAGAUUUCUGAUUGACUUUGGGAAGCAAUAUUGUGGCAAAUUUUAAUGCGAUUCCUUCUUGUCCAGGGAUUGAGAUAUCGAUAAUUUCUUAUCGUUUGGCUUUUCGAUCUCUUCGCUCGAAUCUGACAGUGUUAUUAAGUCAGCCCUUGAUUGCGCUUUAUUUUGGAAUUUAGCAAUUUCGAUUCUGACUGCAGUACUUGGACUGUGUUUGCAUUGCUGUCGAAGACUGGAGAAUAUAAUCAUAAAACCAAAUAUUUAUUAUUGAUUUCAUUGACCUAAUGUAUACAUAAGAGGAGCAACAGAAUCAUUAUGAGGUUGGACCAAUUAAGACGCAAAACAAAACGUAUAGGUAAGCUUAAACUAGAGGAUCGAAACUAUGUCCAAAACAAAAGACAAGAGAAUGGUCAUCCAGUGCGAGUAAAUGCAGACGGUAACUAUGAUUAUGACUUCGAAGGCAUCGAUGACGACAGAGAGACAGAUGUGGUGUCAAAAAGGAAGGAAGAGGAACAGAACCGAGUGGUUACGAAGGAAUUGCAGCAAAUUAGUAUUCCGCAAGGAAUUCUUUGUAGUGAAUGUGCCAAAAUAGGAACGUACGAUCUGAAUUCGAACGUUCCAAAAGGUAAUACAAACCUGGCUGGGGACGAUAGAACUAGCGACAGCAGAGAAAGGUGUUCGAUCUGCCAGACUUUAGGGACAAGCAGUGAGGACCAUAUAGACACUGUCAAAAUGUCGGUGCUAUACUCCCAUGAAUUUUAUGACAAAUAUUCCAGGGAAAAACGACCGGGAAAUCUGACAGAUUCAGGCGACUCCUCCACAAGGGAAAACUCUACGGUAAAAGACAAAAACUCGGAUCGACUUCAAAGGGAAAAAUCUAUCGAUCAGACGGAACCGAAAAAAUCAAGCAGACGACCGUUUGCAAACAGUGUUCGAAUCCCAGGGGCACAACAAGAAAAAGGAGAACAUGUUGUGAUUGGGAAUAUGCAAAGAGAGAACGCAAUAUUUGAAGGAAAGGAGAACUUGACGACAAAACAUGACUCAGGUAAUUUAUCUCAAACAGAUGAUAAGUGCAAUAAUAAAGCAAUGAAUAACAGUAGAAACCGAGACAGCAAAUCAGGGACGUCACUUCCGGAAAUUGUGAGUAAAAUUUCUCUAGUGGAUCCAAAUGAAAACAAGUCACUUGACAUCUUGAGGAGAAAGUUCUCGGACGAUCGCUCCUUGGCUCACGAAUCUCUCGCCUCCUCGGGCCAAAAUUCAAAGAAAGAUCAGGACUCCUCAGAAAAGCCGCGGUCCUUCAUUCUAGCGGCCACAAGGAGGAACGCUGACCGAUUUUCCAGCAUGUACAUGAAGCGCGCAAUGAAAGGGAGCACAGUUCGUAAAGAUUUGAUGAACAAAUACGGAGAUUCAGAACAUCAUCAACACCGAGAAAAGUACACGGUGGAAAGUCUCGGUUUGACUUUUGGAAUUCCGGAAUUCAACCUUCGAUUGGCGGGAAGGACUGUGAAUAAAUCAUCCGUGUCACCAAGGAGACCAAAUAGCCAUAGGUCAACCCAGAGUUCAAAUUCACAAUCUUUUUUUCCACCUAUCAAAUCAGCCCAAAGACAUUCGUUUUCUCUACAAGGCUUUUAAAUCCAUUGAAGUAGUUUACACAUAGUUAAAAAGAUAUGCACUGUUAAUGCCAGAAUUCAUGAAAAAAGCCAUGAUUGCAUGAAUUUAUUUAUUUGUACAAUGUACAUAAUUAUUUAUUUGGAAAUCAGAUAAAAGCCAAAAAUAUU